AUGGGCCUCGAGGCUUCGUUGACUGGUUUCAAUGAUUGGUCGUUUGGUCAAAUUGCUGCUGUGGUGUUACUGGCACCACCGCUCAUCACAAUAGUCGAGUAUUUCCAGGAAGAAGAUGAGGCUCCCGCACAAGGGCAGACUCCCACACAAGAGUGGCCACACGCAUAUGAGCCUCCUACAGAAGAGAUGAAUCGUACACAAUAUAAAACGACUCCUAUACAAGAUGAGACUCCCGCACAAGAUGAUGAACCCCCCCUCUCUGGCAACCAAACCGUGCCCGCGCCAGAACUCCCUUCUGAACCAAACCGGAACACCAUGGACCUUAAUGACCCCGACAAUGAUUGGAUCUCGCACCCCAAGCUAUCCAAUCAGAUUUUCAUAGCUCUGGCCAAUUUUGUUUUGCGAGUUGUCACCAUGUCCGCAGAACGUGAUCCCAGCAACAUGAACAGAUGGCUCUCAGAUGGUACCGCCGUCUUCUCGGGUCUUUGGAGCCCUGCGCCCCUCAGAGCCCAAGUUCGGCAGCUCAGUCUGCUUGAACACCACUCACACAACCUACUUAAAGAAGUACGGAACCCCUUCAUGCAGGGUAACCUCGCUGCUAAUACAGCCCAGUUCAAACUACCAGUUCCACCAGGAUUCCUAGUGACAACCCCAGAGCAAGCCAAGAAUGUUGUCUCUGAGAUCAAUGGACCAUCUAUGAUAAAAGCCCAAGUCCUAGCCGGCGGACGCGGGAAAGGAAAAUUCGACAGCGAUGGCAAAAGCGGCGUCCGAAUGGUCAACUCACCAAGCGAAGCGUUCAAAAGUGCUACCAACAUGCUCGGGCACUACCUAAAGACAGCGCAAACCCCGAAAGACGGACUCCGCGUCGACAAGCUCUAUGUCUACAAAGCCAUAUCCAUCGCACAGGAAUACUAUCUGGCAAUGACAUUCGACCGCCAACGCAUGUCACCAGUGCUAUUGGUUUCCUCAUCGGGUGGAACCAACAUCGAAUCGAAUGUCGACAAUCUCCACAAACUCUGGUUCGGACUUUCAACAGGCAUAACCGACGAGAUCCACGCGUAUAUCCAAGCCGAGCUGGGAUUCUCGGAUGCCGAGAUGAAAGAUAUACACCGGAUCCUUGUGCAGAUGGUACAAUUAUUCAAAGAGAAAGACGCGACGCUUCUCGAAUUGAAUCCACUGGUUCGCACGGAGGAUGGCAAGUUUGUCUGUCUGGAUGCUAAAUUCGGGUUUGAUGAUUCAGCAAGGUUUAGACAGAAGGAGAUAUUUGCGUUGGAGGAACGAUCACCGGAAGAAGAGGAGGAGUAUCAACUGGCGGAACUGGGAGUUUCUUAUGUGCGACUUGAUGGGAAUAUUGGCAAUAUCGUUAAUGGGGCUGGAUUGGCGAUGGCGACUAAUGAUCUUAUUAGUUUGUAUGGAGGGAAAUGUGCGAACUUCUUGGAUGUUGGGGGUGGUGCGACGAAGGAGGCUUUAUCGAGGGCUUUUGGGAUUUUGAAGAAGGAUCAGAGGGUUAAGGGGAUUUUGGUUAAUAUUUAUGGUGGGAUCGUGCGAUGUGAUAUGAUUGCCGAGGCAAUUAUUGCUGCUGCUACUGAGAUGGGUGGUUUUAAAUGUCCGAUUGUUGUUCGCUUGCAGGGUACUAAUAGUGAAGAGGGAUUGAAGCUGGUCGAACAAUCUGGGUUAGAUAACUUGGUUGUAGAAGCUGAGUUUGAGAAAGCUGCUCAGAUGAUCGUGAAGCAAACUUCUGGGAUGGAAUUUUGA